GAGAGUCCCACCCCCAGAGCUUGUCACGUACACAUCUUCCAUCUUGACUGAUGGUUACACAUGCAUGGAAGCCACAGCGAGAGAAAGAGAGAGAGAGAGAGAGAGAGAGUGCCGUGAUGUUGUUGUUACAGCACUGCUUGGUUGUUCUUUGAGAAGCCAAAAGCCUUGUUCAUAAGAGAGCCAUUCUGUCAUUUAACCUGUUGAAGAAGAAGAAGAAGAAGCAGAAAAAACGAUCUCAGCCCUUGCUCUGCAUCUCACGCUAAUGGGAAGGAAGAACGAGAUCAACCUCCUAUCCUGAGAAAAGAGAGAGAGGCCUGCAGACGGCAAGAUCUCUCUGCAUCGCUCUCCUUCGUCACCAACUGGUACUCUCUCCCAAGAUCUUGUGUUCUCCAAAGCUACUAAGCUUACUACACACUUCCGACGCAGAUGGGUGGGCGCGAGACCCGCGACUUCAUGAGUGUGGACGCCUUCUCCCAGCUCCCGUUCUUAAGGCCCGCCCACGACAAGCCCUCCUCCAACGCCUCAGGCAUCCGCCUCUUUGGCGUCGAAGUACCCCGCGAGCCUCACGAAGACCCCCGCGAGCCUCACGACGCCGAGGAAUCCUCCAAGGACCUCACCGCCAACACCAACACCGGCGACGGCGGGGGCGGUGGGAGUGAGAGCGGGCGCCGGUUCGAGUGCCACUACUGCUGCCGCCACUUCCCCACGUCGCAAGCCCUUGGCGGGCACCAGAACGCCCACAAGCGCGAGCGCCACCACGCGAAGCAAGCUCAGCUGCACCCGGCCAUGGUGGCAUCGCUCCACCACCAGCCAUCCGCUCUCGACGGCCAUGGCGUCUAUGGAUUCAACUACCACCACCAACACCUACACCACUGCCGUCUUGGGUUUGAUCCCGCUGCCCCUCCCCACUACUCUCCAUGGCGCACCGGUGCCAGCGUCGGCGCUCGUUUCUUUAUGGGGCCUGGUGCGGCGGCGGCGCCGAUCACCGGGAGCCCAUUGAUACGGAGAGUUCCGGCGGGCGUGCAUGGCGGCGGACGCACGGGUUUGAUUCCUAGUAGUGAUGGGGUGAUGCCAUUGCCGCUGAUACGAGAAGAUGUAGCGGGCGUUGGUUGGAGUGGUAAUGCUGCUAUUUCUUCUUCGUCUUCAAGUAGUCAAUUUGCUUAUGAGUCGAUGCAAACGGAGACCGUGAGUUUGGAUUUGCACCUGUAACAUGAAAUC